UGAGUCUCCUUUAAUUAUGCCCGGGAAGCAUGUGGGGAUGCCAAACGACACGGGCUCCUCAUUACCCUUUAGCAACCAUGACGACAGCUUGCUCCCUUCUGAAAGAGCCAGGCAAAGAGUGGGAAGGAAAGACGAGUACCUGCAGCCGGCUGGAGGGGAUGAAGGGGUCUAAGCAAACAGUCCUUAAUUUAUUCUGCAUCCUCUGGCUCCCAAUUCUGCUGAAGGCUGCCUCUUCCUCCCCUCUCCCCCAUGGAAACAACCCACCACCCCUUUCACUCCCCUCCGGGCUGUACAAAGGACACACCUGUGUCGGAUGCGUGCUUGUGGUGUCUGUAAUUGAACAGCUUGCACAGUGGCACAACAGUACAGUAAAGGCAGCCAUGGAGAGACUGUGCGACUAUAUACCUGAAAAACUGCAAGGUUUCUGUUACAUACUUGCUGAACUUUACGGGCCACACAUAGCUGAACUCAUAGACAGGGAAAUGAAUGCCGAUGUGGUCUGCCAUUCCUUGAAGCUCUGUAAACAGGAUCCAGGACGACCGCUUUGUCAUCUCUACCCUCCUCCUAAGGUGGGGCUGAGUACUGCAAUAAAAAAAGCAAAAAAUAUUAUGAAGACUUCCAAGGACCUGAAAAGCUUCACAGGGUUCUCAAGUAUAUGUGCAUUUCCUCUUCUGGCUAACCUGUGUGAGAAGAUUAAAUACGUCAUAAGAAAUAAACUGCCUUUUGAAGAUGUUGAUGGAGAUAAAUUUAGUACAUUCCCGACGUUGAGGGGCUAUCACUGGCGAGGCAGAGACUGCAACGACAAAAACACCACCAUGUACCCUGGCAGACGUCCCGAUAAUUGGGAUGUGAAAAGUGACUCUAACUGCAAUGGCAUAUGGGGUGUGGAUCCAAAAGAUGGAAUUCCCUAUGAGGAGAAAUUCUGCAAAGGUGCAGGCUCACAAGGGGUCGUGCUGUUGGGAGACUCAGCCGGCGCUCACUUCCACAUCCCUCCCGAGUGGAUGACCGUCACGCAGAUGUCAGCGAAAUCGUUUGCUAAUCUCCCAAUGGCUUUUACUGAUGAGCUUGACUGGCCCCAGUUCUCAGAGAUCACUGGAUUUCUGAACUCCACCAUUGGAGGAUGGACAGACUCUCUGUAUCUACGUUUACGCAGGAGAAAUCGCUGUAAUCACAGAGACUUACAGAACAUUUCCCAAAAUGGUGGUUCUUCAGGAAACCUCCUCUAUUUAAUAAAAAGCUUGGCCAGAAACCAGCUGUUGGACAAUCCAGCCAUAGUUGUCUAUGCUACAAUUGGGAAUGAUGUCUGCAAUGGGAACCGUGACACGCUGGCUCACAUGACUACGCCCAAAGAGAUGCUCUCCAACGUGAUGCAAGCUCUACGAUACCUGGAUUCACAUCUUCCAAAUGGCAGCCAUGUGAUUUUAACAGGCUUGGUAGAUGGCCGCUUUCUCUGGGAUAAUCUGCAUGACAGAUACCAUCCUCUAGGGCAGCUGAACAGGGAUGUCACAUACAGUCAACUUUAUUCUUUCCUUGACUGCCUCCAGGUGAGCCCCUGCAGCGGCUGGCUGACCUCCAACGAGACCCUCAGGAAUUUGACCUCAGAGAGGGCUUUACAACUUUCCAAUGUCCUGAAAGAAAUAGCAAGAUCUGAGAAAUUUGCCAACUUUGAUAUUUUCUACAUGGAUUUCCCACUGACACAAACGGCCGAGGAGUGGCACAAGAUGGGAGGUGAGCCCUGGCAGCUGAUCGAACCAGUCGAUGGCUUCCACCCCAGCCAGAUUGCUGCAGCCCUUGGAACAAGCAUUACCUGGCAGAAGGCACUACAUGAAUGGCCUCAGGUGCUUGGAAAGGAGAACCCAUUCAACGACCAGAUUGAAGCUAUAUUCAAAGAUCAAGGUGGACACUGAGCUCCAGACUGCCAGAGCCCAGGCAUGGUUUGUGGUGAUGCUCCCCCAGUGCAUUCCACAAAACCAGAUGAUUAAAAACACACACCAAAAAAGGAGGAGGGCAAGUUAUCAGACCCAGUAGCAGUGGACAUAACAGCAUUCUUUUCAGUCUUGUAUCUCACCUGCACAAGUAGGCUAUGCUUUUUCUGUGGAGCUACAAAAAUUUUUUAAAAAAUUAAUCAAAGGAUACCUGCCAGCUAGACCAUUUGUUGUACUAGUUUGCAAACACAUACAAAUUUUUUCCAUAUAUAAUAAACUCCUAGCCCUACCUCAUUUUUUUUCCUCCUCCUUCUGAGCUUCCCAUUUGUACUGUUUCAGUAGUUAAUGUGAUCCCAAAAGGAGGGGAGGGAACCCCCAAACUCAUUAUGUUGCUAUAAAUUGUGCAUAUGUAAUUGCCCUGACUGUCAAUACAUUAUUUAGUUGCUAUUUGCUUAUUAAAAUGUGCCAGGAAUAACAAGCUGCUAGAAUUUUGAUUUGCCUGGCAGCAUUAGUGCAGGCUGAAUGAGCACAGGUUCUCCUCCCCCCUCCCUUAACAAGACAGUGACUUGACAACCCUUCGUGUAUUUAAAACAGGUUGCUUUUUCAAGCUUUAAUAACUCUUUGCUCUUUUGCUUCCUAACAAAUAGGAUAUGCCCAGUUCUGUACCUUUUAUAGGCAUGACCCAGGGAAUCACUGAAGGUACUGGGCAGCCCUUAUGUAGAAUUGAAGGUUGAGAACUAAUAAUAGUUUUUUUUCCACCAGCUUAUCUGAUGCCCUUUGCAAAAUAAUUUAAAAAAUAUAUAUUUAUAAAACUAGGGACAGCUUUAACCUACUUGCAGUCCUGCUGGUGAUGAAAGGAUCAGACAGCAAAAAUGUCACUACUCAUACAUGAGAAAAAUCUGGUAAAUAGCAAGUGUUAACAUGGCAUGACUAAAACCCAUCCAAAUUAGCCAAAACUCAGGUAGACCUGCUCUGCUCUUAAUUCUGAACACAUCCCAUGCAUAAGGCUGCGUCACCCAUGAGCCUGCGGCCCAAGCCAAAGGAGAUGGCCUGGCUUUUCCCAGACCUCAGCACGCUGCUCAUGGCUUGAGGAGAUGCAUCUGCUCAGUAUUUUGAAUAGGCAGAGGAUGACCUGCUAACGCAAUUCCGAUGGAAGCAUGUGCUAUUGCUAUCCUAGAUCCUCUUCCUUUUUUUAAAGUACAGUCAAUGCCGCAUCUUUUAUUAAGAUAGAAAUUCCUUUGGGACAACCAUUAUCAUUUAAGGAAAUAUUCAAGUCACCUACUUUAAGAAACCAAAAGGGAAUACUUUCCUUAAUUGAAUGAUACUUACUAGUAAGGCCCCAAUUCAUUCAAGGCACUUAGAUGUUACAAAAAUAGCCAGUCUCCCAAGAAACAGUUUCAACUCCAGAGAGGCAUGUCUGAGGAAGACUAUUUAGCAUUAGAAGGAAACCUACAUACUUCCUGUAAAAGUUCUCCCCACCACACAGCAUAAUGGCUGCUGAUGCACACAGGCCAGGUAGAACACCGUCUAACUAUUUUUUAUUACCUAUUCAGGUUUCUUAUCUUUCAUUAAAAACAACACAAGAACAGAAACAAGUGCAUCCAUGUGGUUUUACUAUAGACCAAGUACAGCACAGACAACAAUUAUAGAAUAUCAAAUAAUUUCCUCUACACCAAAAUACAGAAAUGUAGCAAUUAAGAGGGGGAAGGGAGCAGUAUGUGUUUAGAAGCCAAAUUUUCAGGCAACCUCAUUGCAAAUUAUUGUAUUUCAUUUGAGGUUGGGAUUUAAUAACACCAAUUAGGAGUUUUACAAGCUAGUAAAACUGAAAUUUCCUCAGCUAAAAUAAGCUUCGUUGCCCAGAGCAAAGCAUUUUCCAUUUAUAGACUUUCUUAUUAGUGAACAUCUUGAAUUUCUGAACAAUGGGAAGAGCUUCCUUAUAAAAUUCGAACAGCAUCUUCUCAAUCAAAGAUGACCUGAAACACCCACAGCUGAAUCCCAAAGCAAAGCUCUCACAUUCACCCAGUAUAAUUGCUCCCUGCUUGAUAUGGGGUCUCUGAGGGGUUUCAAGGAACGGGCUCGCCGCUGGCUGAAGGAGCACUAGCCAGACCAUGUCGUGUCUCCUCAUGGCUCAGAGGCGAGUUCUGCAGUUCAGAAUUGGAUGCAGGCUGUAUGCAAAAACUUGAUUUGUAACUAAUGCAGUAACUAUUUGCAAAUAAAGAUGAAUUUUGGGCCCAUUAAGCCAUCAGAUUUUACAACCACUCUCUCUCCAUUAUUUCAAAGAACACAAAAACCAGCUGAAGAUCUGCACCCGCAACCAUCAAUCACUUACUAGUACCAUUCUAAAAGUAAGUGUCCUAUAUUUAAACAAAUACUUCUGAAAAAGCUUAGUUAUUCUAAAGCAGUAACAAACUAUGAAUCCUGGUCUAUUCCAUUACUUUAACUGUCUCAUGGUGCUUAGGUUGAAGGUGAAAAUGCAUAGGGAAGAGAGAAAUAAACAGGAAAACAAACAAACAGUUUCUUUUGGAAAGCUAGGUAUAGUUCCAUGAAAUUCAAACUUCAUAGCAGUACAGAUUUCUACAAGUAGUCCAUCAAGGUCUUUUCUGGGGGGAGAACGUGUGAAUACUAAAAGGGGUUAUUUCACUGGCUAGUUCCAAUGCACUGCAGAUGGGGAGGGCUUUUUGACCUUAAUCUGUUUGUAAACUGCUUUUACAAAACUUAAAGCUUGUUUGAAGUCAGACAGUAGAAACUAUUUUUGAGGUUUAGAACAAAUAGCUUCAGGUAGCUAUAGAUUAAUUCACACCAUCUGGCCUCUCCCAAAAGGAUCUGCUACAAACAUGAAAAAAUGUUUGCUAACAUUUUGAAAAAAAAAAAACACAACAAAAAAACAACC